AACCCUUUUUUUUUUUUUAUCUCAAAGCUUUGUAUUUCAAUAUUAUGUAUCUGUAGGAUGUCAGCGACAGAAAUUUUAAAAAGCGGUUUUCAUUGAUUAGUCCAACAAAUGUAUCUUGAGCACCUAGUAGGAGCCAGAGUAUAUAAUGGGCAGUGACUUUGUCUGUGGGGAAGUCUCAGUCUUGAGGAGGUGAUAGAUGGACGAACAUGUGAAGUGGAGGACACGAAGACUUCGUCAGAGGCAGUGGCAGUGGGGUUCAGUGACAGCUGGGGUGCCCUGGCAGCAAUUCAGAGCCAAGGACAAGUUCAGGAGGCCCCUGUGGCUCAGGGCUUGGCGUGGGUGUGGUGUGUUAGGCCUUGGGUGGUAUCAGCCACAGGUGUCUGGUUGGGGCAGCAGGUUUCAGGUAUCAGGGGCAGAGGCUAGGUGUAGAAUCAGGGUUUUUUUCCCCCAGACUCAUAAUUAACUAUCUCAGGGUGUGAACGUAGUUUUUGUUUUGUGGAGUAAGCUGAGCUAUAACAAAUGCUGUGAGUUUUUAUUUCAGCUGGCCUCUCAUUAGGCAGCAUAGGGAAACCAUGCUUUAGAGGUUGAUUUAAAUUUUUUUCUACCUCAUGAUCUAAAGGGAGAGGUUUCUGGCUUGAGAAAUAACUAUUUAUUGAGUGACAGCUCUGUACUUAGUAUUGUGCCUGAGAGACCUUUACUAAAAUAGUUUUCAGAGAAGAAAAUGGAUACUGAGGUUACCAAAGUUUCCAAAAGUGGUGACAAAGGGAUCAAAUCAGCUCUGAAUUAUAUGCAAGCAUAUUACUUUAUUUCAUCCUUAAAGAUAAAACUUUGAUGGGAAAAUAGCUGAAAAAAUAAGAAGCAGCUAUGUCGCAAGGUAUUUUGAUUCUUAUUUGGCUAUUUAAGUCAUUUUUAAAGACUUUUUUGCCUUUGUAGGGAAAAUUUAAGCUGAAUUGACAGAUUAUGUGAUUAUUUUUGGCGCUACUUACAAGCUCAUCAACAUUUUGGGAAAAUUAUAGUUUGAGUAAAUUUCAGAAUUAUAAUGGAGGAAUUGGAUACCUUGAAAACUUGUGCCUAUUUAAAGGAUACCUGUCCAUUUUCUUUUAUUUUUGUAUCACUCAAGACUUACUGUGGCCAAGUAAACAGCAUUGUUUAGUUUUUCUAGGUAAAAGAAAUUUUUCUUUUGGACGGGAGCAAAAUUUAAAAAGAUUCAUCCUCCUACUAAAUUAUAAAAAUGAAGUCUCCUGAGGUUAAAAGCGAUUAAUCAAUUUUGACCUUUUUAUUUGAGACAGGGUUUCCGUAUAAAGUUCAGGCUGGCCUUGAACUCACUUUGUAGCCCAGGCUGAUUUCAAACUCUCAGUGAUCCUCUUGCCUCAACUUUUGACUGGUUUUUAAAACUAUAAAUCAACUGCUUUUUAAAAACAUGAAUCUGUCAUCACAGAAUAGCAACAGAGCUUUGUGUCCUAAAAUGUAUCGACACCAUGGUCAGUAUAAAACAGAAAAUUCUGGAAGGAAAAUGAAACAGAAAAGAGAAAAAGCAGUCAAUGAAAAUAGACCCUAAGAAAGUACAGAUGUUGAACUAAUAAUGACUUUAAAGGAGAAUACUAGUAGUAAUAUUAUAUAUCCCAGGAACUAAAGGUUUUGUCAUAAGAAAAGAACAAGUGAAAAAUUUCAUCGGAAAAAUCAAAACUAUCCUGAUGAACCCAAUGAAAAUUCUUUAAUUGAAAAGUGAAAUUUCUAAAAAAAGGAAAAUUUUGCCACAUAGGCUUAAUAGCUAAUUAAUGAAAAAGAAGAGUAAGGAAACUUAAAAAGGAGUAAAUUGAGGUUAAUCCAGUUGAAAAACAUAGUUAAAAAUUGAAAAAGAUUAACCAAAACUCAGCAAAUUGGAGAACACAUCAAAUAGUACAUGAUGCAUGUCUCACAAUCAGAAAGGGACGAGGAAAAACCUGCUCGGAAAGUGCUAUUUUAACAAAUAAUGGAUGCUUUUAAAUCCCUCCCAACUUUGUUGAAAAAUGUUAGCCAACAACUCCUACCACAAAGCCAAAGAAAAUUAUAGUUAAAACGUUGAAAACCAUAGAAAUGUGGAAAUCACAAAACAGCCAGAGCAACAACAAAAACAGUACAGUAUGUACAAGACAGCAAUGAUGUGAAUGCUCACAAAGUUAUCAGAAAUAAUGAGAAUAGGAAACAAUGAGAAUCACUUGUUUUAAGAGCUUAAAGAAAAAAAGAUUUUUCAACUGGGACUCUGUGUCUGGGGAUGCAUAUUGUGCAUAUGAAAAUGAAUUUUCUUCGUAGUUUGUUGUAUUAGUUAGCUCUUCAUUGCUACUAUAAAGUACAUGAGCCUGCUAGCUUAUCAUGAAAAAAUAUUUAUUUAGAUCAUUAUUUUGGAGAGGGUGGAGGAUUCUGACUUGGCUGCCAAAGGACAGUCAAUGAUGGUGUGUAUUGGUCAGUUUUCACGUUCCUGUUAUAAAAUGCCUGAUAGCUGGGACUUGAUGCAUGAGAAGUUUAAUUUUGUGCAAGGUUUCGGAGGUUUCAGUCCAUGGGUGACUGAUUCCAGGUCAGGAACAUCAUGGCAUGGUGGAGCAAUGUUACUUAGUCCAUGGUGACUGGGGAGCAGAACAGAGAACAGUGCCAGGACGGGAAGGAUCAGAGACCAGAUAGAGGAUCCGAGGUUACAUAGCUGUGAUUCACACAGGCACACCCAGAAGGGUGGUAAGGUGCCGCUUUAAUCAGUUGACAACCACACAAUGAUUAAUGGUCACAUAAUGAUAGAGUGUGUAGGAACAAGGGCCACAUAUAGACCAGGAGCAGGGGUUGGGGAGGUCCCACAAUUCUCUUCAAAGGCAAGCCCCGCGUGACCUAGAGACCUCCCACAAGACUUCAUAAUGUUGUCACCGUCAGUAUCAAGCCUGGAUGUGUGAACCACUGGGUGAAUUUCAACAUCCAAAGCAUAGGAUUUGGAAUCUCUGAGUUAAACUAAGACCAAGAGGGUUCAGUAUGAUUUCUCAGUAUUGAGAAGUUCUAAGAAAUGAAUAUUACAUUCACCAGUUUCCAAAUCAUUUUAUUCACAGAAUAUCUCUGGGGAUUAGUUUUAUUUGUAAAACUCUUCUGGAAAUACUGAACUUCAGGAGUGAAAUUUGAUACUAUUUAUUUUUCAUUUUCAUUUUCAGGACUCCAGGCUGAAGAGAUUUUGGAAAAUAAUUAGCAGCAUAUCUUUUUGUGUCUGUAAUAAUGAAAAUGUGAAGCAUUUCCUACAUUGCUGUUGCUUGUAGCUAAUAGCACCGUUUUUAUGUUGAAUAGCUUUGGGUUUUUGUCAGGUGAAAUAUUUUCCAGCAGGGCUAAACUGUUCAGGGUUGUCUUGUUAGACUGUUUAGAUAUGGAUGAGGAUAGAAUUUCCACCUAGAGUUUUCAAUGCAUAUUUUAUGAGUAUAAUAGAGCCAGGAAUAUAGAAUGAGCUGUAAUACAAUAAGGUCAUUAUCUUUUGUGUCUCUGUUUCGUAUUUAUUUGUACUGUUCUAUAUAGUUUAAUCACAAAGUGUUACAAAUUAAUGCUACAGAAUGCAAGCGGUAAAAGUAGUCCAGAACUACACUGUAAAUGACUUAAGCCAUCUAAUUACAGUGGAAUUACAAUUUCUUCAAUUUAAUUCAGGGAAGGAUUAAGUGUCAUAAAUUUCACUGCUGCUGAAUGACAUGACCUUCUCUUUGAGUAUAUUAGGACACGGAGCUUAAGAGAUCAGGAUUUAAAAAAUUUAUUUUGAAUUUGCUUAUUGUCCUCUUCUCUUAUUCCUAAAUCCAGCCAUAGCUCCCUAGAAGUGUAACCUUUCCUCCUGUGGCUGAGUGUGAACUCUUCACGCCUGCGCUGAGCCUUCCCCAAGCUCUCAUGGAUUUCAGCACUUCCAGACCAUGCUGAAGUCUAAAUUGAAUGUCCUCACACUGAAGAAGGAACCUCUCCCAGCCGUCAUCUUCCACGAGCCGGAGGCCAUUGAGCUGUGCACCACCGCCCCGCUGAUGAAGACCAGGACGCACAGUGGCUGCAAGGUACGGACACACGGGCAGCUGGGGCUCUCUGGAUGGGACAGGCUCCGGACACGUGGCCUUGACGCUUGUUUCACAGAUAGAAGCCAGCUGCCAAGACACACUCAUCCAACGAUGGUCACCUACCUGGGGAAAGUCUCUACCACAGGCAUGCAGUUCUUAUCAGGCUGCACGGAGAAGCCAGUGAUUGAGCUCUGGAAGAAGCACACACUCACCCGGGAAGACAUCUUCCCAGCCAAUGCCCUCCUGGAGAUCCGACCUUUCCAAGUGUGGCUGCAUCACCUUGACCACAAAGGCGAGGCCACAGUGCACAUGGAUACCUUCCAGGUGGCCCGCAUCGCCUACUGCACUGCUGACCACAACGUGAGCCCCAACAUCUUCGCCUGGAUCUACAGGGAGAUCAAUGAUGACCUGUCCUACCAGAUGGACUGCCAUGCUGUGGAGUGCGAGAGCAAGCUCGAGGCCAAGAAGCUGGCCCAUGCCAUGAUGGAGGCCUUCAGGAAGACUUUCCACAGUAUGAAGAGUGAUGGGCGGAUCCACAGGGACAGCUCCUCCGAAGAGGUUUCCCAGGAACUGGAGUCUGAUGAUGGCUGACCGAACUUGAGGUGCUCCAGCGAAGGCAGCAUUGGUCAAGGAGCUCAACGGGAGAGAUGAAGAAGCAACCAUUCCAAUUUGAGAUGAAAAGACUGCCAAAGCCAUUGGCUGACCAUGCUUUUUAAACGCAGAUGAGCAAAUCUAAAUCUAAAGAAAUGUAUCAUUAAAGUAAUGACCUGAUAUUGAAAUCUGCUGCUGCUGUGACUUCGAGGAGGGUGGGAGCGAGGAUGGGGAGGAAGGGUUUAGAUAUCUUGUUUUUUCCUUGAGUUCCAAUAUCUCCUGGUUGGGGAGCUCCAUGCCAGUUGUCACCACUCUCAGGCAAAUAUUGUGCAGCUGUGAGUGAUGGACCAUUCCAAUCUGCCUUACGAAAUCCAACAGGAAUGCUUUGAGGCACUGCAGGCCUCCUCCGGGGUGGGCGGGAAAGGAGCGGUUGCUGAUGCUGGUGUAAAGCCACAGGAGGAAGGGAAGCUCAGGAUGACUGAGGGCCUCUCCCGUGCCACGUUCAGACUCUCCUCAGUAUGCAAUCAGCACAGCCUUCCAGCUUUACAACUAACAACCCGAUAGUUGGCAGUUAAUUCGCAGUUAAAGAUAAUGCUUUUAUGUACACAGAUAUAUCAAGUAGUACCCUCUUAUUGUAUUCACUUCAUCUAUUUUCUUAGAGUACUUGCAACUACUAAUAAUGCCUUCCCUUCUCCCUCUCUGCCUGCCCUCCUUCUCCAGCCAACAUCCCUAGAGAGAGGGAUUGUCGCAGCCUACCCCGCAGGACACCAAAAGGGAAGAAGACAAGGAAACAGAUGAAAUAAAUAAAAAGGAAACCAACUAGGAGUUUAGAAAAAUGGCAGAAACCCCAGAAAAGGGCAAUGAGUGAGAAGCACGUGAACCAACUCUUUGGGGGUGUCCUUUCCUCACCCCUGAGUCUUGGUAACUUACUUGGCCAAGGUCCUAUUGGACAAGUCCUUCAAGGCAAGCUUCAGAUAUGAUUUGGGACCACCAAAGGAGCCGUGCCUCCACUGUGUAACAUGGCACUCGGACAGGGAGUAAGUUAAGUAAACCUGGCCUGUAGGUAACCCAUGUCCAUCUCAAUGUUAAGGGACAUCUUACCUUGUCACCUUAAAAUGACUGAUGUCUGAGAAUUCCAGUUGCCCGUUUGUUCAUUAAUUCUCAUGAGAAAGUCUCGCUAAGAAAGCACAGAUUUCUCAGUGUCAUGACUCUUUAAAUACCACAAAGAAUCAACAUGGAAUGAAAUUGAAAGCACUGAUUAAAAUACAUGCAUUUAAGGCCAAGAACUGAUAAUGAAUUUCCCAGGUAGUAUUGCUCCUUGACGGAAGUCUGUUUUUAUUCUUGGUAAUGUUAGGGGCACCUUAGAAGCCUUAUAUGAGAGAUAAUGUAAUCCAGGGAGCUAUGGUGUCAGCAUUUGGUCUGUGUCCCCAUGUGUCUGUGAAUAGGUCUCUGCGUGUGUACUUGUGUCCCUGUGAGUGGGUCCGGUUUUCAGGCAUGAACAAUAAGCAUGGAGUCAUACUGAGGAGAACGCGCCUCUUGAAGAAAUGCUUGUCGCUUUUUGACAUAUGUAAACAAUUCUUUAGCAUAAAUGCAUUCAUUCUUUAAUAAAAUGUUUGUGUUAAUCUGA